AUGGCAGGAGCAUUUGCCAGCCUGAGAAGUCAGGAAGAAGAGAUGACAGAGACAUACUUCACUGAUAAUGAAAAUUUUACUCAAAAACUGCCAGAGACAGGUGCUCCUGGAACACAGACUGCAUCGCUCUGGAGAGAGGCCGUGACUCGCCCUCAGGAACAUGGACGUUUUGGGGUGAAACACCGUCCCCUUCCCCUGCGGGUCGAUAACGAGGGGGAAUUUACUUCAGGGAGAACGACAGCCGCCGGCGGUGCCCUCCGGUGCCGCUCCCACUCCUCAGGCCCGGCCGAGGCAGACGACGGCCGCCCCAAAGGCGGGAACGGCUCCAACAUGGCGGCGCGGCUCCAACCACCCGCCCGCACCAUCGAGAUGUGCCUAAAGAGGCCCGGCAGGGGCAGGAGCCUGGGCGCCGGCGCGCUCUACAUCGCCGAGGGUCGCCUGUCUUGGCUGGAAAACUCCGGAGUUGGCUUCUCCUUGGAUUAUCCCACCAUAAGUUUACACGCCGUCUCCAGGGACCUGAACGCCUACCCAUGGGAGCACUUGUACGUCAUGGUGAACGCCAAAUUCGAAGAAGAGGAGACAAAAGAGGCUCCCAUGGCUGAAGGGGAGGAGGAGGAAGACAGCGAUGAUGACACUGAACCAAUUGCGGAAUUCAGAUUUGUACCUAGCGACAAAUCAGCCUUGGAAGCCAUGUUUUCAGCGAUGUGUGAAUGCCAAGCUCUGCACCCAGACCCAGACGACGAAGAUUCAGACAAUGACUAUGAAGGGGAGGAGUACGAUGUUGAGGCCCACGAGCUACAACAAGGUGACAUCCCGACCUUUUACACUUACGAAGAAGGAUUGUCGCAUUUAACUGCGGAAGGUCAGGCCACUCUGGAGAGGCUGGAAGGCAUGUUAGCCCAGUCUGUCAGCAGUCAGUACAACAUGGCUGGAGUGAGAACAGAAGACUCGAUAAGGGAGUUUGAAGAUGGGAUGGAGGUGGACAUCGCACCGGUAGUUGCGGGGCAGUUUGAAGACGCAGAAGUUGAUCACUGAGGAGGACGUACGCUGCUAUUCUUCUUGUGGCACUUCCAGAAUAAGCUGUAAAACCGAAGGCAUUGCAGUGACUAUCGGGAGUUAACCUUUCUUUUAAUGACCUAAGCUUAGACAUCUAGGUCUAUAAAUGCUUUUAUAGAUGUUUAAAACAGGGUUUGACAUUCGUGACCACUAUGGGGUUAUUUAAAAAAACAAAACAAAACGAAACAAAAAAACAAUAAAACCUCUUGCAUCUAACACUUGAAUGGGGCUAAUCAGGGGUUGUUUCAAAGGAGCCUUUGUAGGAGUUCUAGGACUUCAGAAAUGGAACUGUAAGUAGAACAGAAUUUUAGAUUGUCCUAGAAUUUUCCAUAUUUUUGUACCUGUUCAUUGUGUCAGUGGAGUAGAAUGGAAAU